CCGUGACAUCAGCGGUUAUUUGUGAACUGUCAAAGGCUAGCCUGGAAAGUGUAACGCUGAACAGUUUAUAAUCUGUCUCCAGCCUACGAUUUUGGUGACUUCGACAGCAUUGCUUCGUUUUAAAGAUGAGCUCAAUAAGAAACAUUUUCCGUGGACAAUGGUCCUCCAAUGCGAAACUCGAUGGUAAAACAGUGAUUAUAACUGGGGCUAACACUGGCAUUGGUAAAGAGACCGCGAAGGAUCUGGCAAAGAGAGGGGCCAGGAUCAUCAUGGCCUGCCGAGAUAUCGGAAAGGCAGAGGACGCUCGGAAAGAGAUUGUGGAAGAUUCUGGAAACGAGAACGUUGUCGUCAGGAAACUCGAUUUAGCCGACACCAAGUCAAUCAGGGAAUUUGCUGAGGGAAUCAACAAAGAUGAGCAGCAGGUUAAUAUUCUCAUCAACAAUGCUGGGGUCAUGAUGUGUCCCUUCUCCAAGACGGUGGACGGCUUCGAGAUGCAGUUUGGUAUCAACCACUUGGGUCACUUCCUGCUCACGCACCUGCUGUUGGAUCUGAUUAAAAGGUCUGCGCCCGGGCGCAUCGUUAACCUCUCCUCCAUGGCCCACUCCUGGGGCACCAUCAAGCUGGACGACAUCAACAGCGAGAAGAGGUACGAUGACAGGAAGGCGUACGCCCAGAGCAAGCUGGCCAACGUCCUGUGCACACGCUCACUGGCCGCCAGGCUGCAAGGCACAGGGGUGACGGUGUACGCGGUCCAUCCCGGGGUGGUGCAGACGGAGCUGGGGAGGCACCUGAGCACGCCGCUGAAGGCGGCCUUUGUGGUGGUGAAGCCCUUCAUCAAGACGCCCGUGCAAGGCGCCCAGACCUCCAUCUACUGCGCGGUGGCCCCGGAGCUGGAGGGCGAGAGUGGCCAGUACUACAGCGACUGCGCGCAGGCCCGCCCCAGCAGGGCCGGACGGGAUGACGUCAUGGCUCAGAAGCUGUGGGAGCUCAGCUGCCAGAUGCUGGGUAUAACGUGGGACUGACACGCGCGCCGCGGUCUUCCCGGCAGGGCCGUCAACAUUCCCGUAUUCAACAUUCCGCCACCGCCGCACUCUGGUUUUCUACUGACGUCGGCCGGGCUUCAGAGACGGAAUUUCAAACAUUUCAAUUCAGUUGCACUGUGUUCGCAUUGCCGGCAUUCCACGGGAUAUACUGAAGAUAUGAUCUAUAACUGCACCAGGUUAGGGUUCCUGUGCUGAUUCUCAUGACAGGGAUGCAGUUCUUAAACUUAAUGUUAAGUACCAUUAUUACCCUUGCUUCAUAAUUGGUAGUAUCGUUAGUACUAUCUCUGAGGUCCUGUGAAGAAUUUCCUUGCCUCGUACAUUGUUUUGACAGCCAACUUUUAUAAAAUUCAAAUUCUGAAUUCAACAAAUUGCUGCAAUAUAUUAUCAGUGGAUUUUCUUUCAAUCACAAAAUGUAUUAUAAUAUUUCCCUAGAUUUGUUCUUGUUGAUAGUUUUGUUGAUAGUUAUUGUGGUUAUGGUUAUGGUGAUGCAAUAUAAUACAGACCCAACCAAUUCACUAACCUGGAACUGUCAACCUAUGUUAGUGUGCAUAAAUGGUGUCCAGAUGAUGAAGGCUACUAGUAUUGCAGGAAGAAAAUCUUUCUUAUUUUUUGUGUUUUGUUGAUUUAAUAUAUUUAUUAAUCAUAUCUUUUAAUCUUUUUUUUAUUCUUUUAUUUUUAUUUUUUACCAUAAAUGUGCAUCCUUUUAGUGUUUACAUACCUCACGGAAAAUUAGGUAGUAUCGUAAAGUUGGAAGAUAUUGUAAUACUAUCUCAUUUAGUAGUGUAAUUGUAUGGCAAGUGCAAGGAAUAGUUUAGGAUAAAUCACUCUGUUAUGUUUCAGAGGGAAUAUUAGCCAUGGAAUUGCCCUAUUCAUUACUAUGUAACAUUAUGUAAAUAUUUUAUGGAAAUCUGAAAAUAAAUAUCAUCAAUAAUAAUAAA